UGAUAUAGAAAUGCUAUUCCAACGGGGCACAGCGUCUCAUCAGCUAGGCUAGCUUGUUGGAGUGGAAAAUUAACUGGCUGCUAGCUCGGACUCUGGAUAUCAUUCGUGUGCAUCCAGUUCCAGUCUGUGUGACGCUUCCACACGUUGAAUUAUUCCUAAAGGAGAUCAGAAGAAGUGGCCAUCGGCAGUCGGGUCACCAGAGACGUGUGAGAGCCCUUGAAGUUGUCAGCUUUGAUGCAGCACAGUGCACCUAGUGCAAGAUGACGGAAGAGGUGAUUGUCAUCGCCAAGUUCGACUACAUGGCCCAGCAGGACCAAGAGCUGGACAUCAAGAAAAACGAGCGCCUCUGGCUCCUUGACGACUCCAAGUCCUGGUGGAGGGUUCGAAAUGCCACUAACAAAACAGGCUUUGUGCCGUCCAACUAUGUGGAGAGGAAAAACAGUGCCAGGAAAGCUUCUAUUGUCAAGAAUCUCAAAGACACACUUGGAAUUGGGAAGGUGAAGAGCAGAAAGGGGGGGAUGAGAGACACAGCCUCCAACGCAGACACAGACAUGUAUGCAGACAACGGCGAGCGGUUGUACGACCUCAACCUACCCGCCCUGGUCAAGUUCAGCUACACAGCAGAGCGCGAGGACGAGCUGUCGCUGGUGAAAGGCACGCGGGUGGUGGUGAUGGAGAAGUGCAGCGACGGCUGGUGGCGAGGCAGCUACAGCGGACGCUCUGGCUGGUUUCCGUCUAACUACGUGACGGAGGACGUGGACGGGACGGCGGGGGGAGGGGGCAUGGGCGGGCUCGGAGACCCGGCCGGAUCGCUAACGGAGAAGCUGGCGGCCGUGAUGAACAGCACCACGAACGGGAACAGAGUGCUGCACACGGUCCAGGCGCUCUACCCUUUCAGCUCAGGCAACGACGAGGAGCUAAACUUUGAGAAGGGCGAGGUGAUGGAGGUCGUGGAGAAGCCCGAGAACGACCCGGAGUGGUGGAAGUGUCGCAAAGCCGACGGACAGCUGGGCUUGGUGCCUAAAAACUACGUCACUGUGCUGGACUCCACCUCCCAUAAACCCGCAGCAGGGCCCGCCGGGCCGCCCACGCCCGACUGUGACUACAUCUCGCCCUCAGGCAGCGGGCGCUUCGCGGGGAAGGAGUGGUACUACGGAAAGGUGACGCGUCACCAGGCGGAGGUGGCCCUCAACCAGAGAGGCAUAGAGGGAGACUUCCUCAUCCGAGACAGCGAGUCAUCGCCAAACGACUUCUCCAUCUCCCUGAAGGCGCAGAGCAAGAACAAGCAUUUCAAAGUGCAGCUGAAGGAAAACCUUUACUGCAUUGGACAGCGCAAGUUCAACUCUAUGGAGGAGCUUGUUGAACACUACAAAAAGGCCCCCAUCUUCACCAGUGAGCAGGGAGACAAACUGUACCUGAUCAAGGCCCUGGCUGCCUCCUGAUCCCUCUGUGUCGGACGCACCCACACACACACACACACACACACACACACACAAACACAAACACACACACCUAUACAUCGUUAACUGCAUCCAUAUAUACAGUAUAUAUAGACACAUACAGAUACUUAUGCCAGAACACACACUAACAUUUAAACUCCCAGCCUGAGGACUUAACACAUCAUCAGGACUUAAAUGCCCGAUUUGUGAGCAUUCCAAGAGGAGGUAUGGAAAAAGCAUGGGAGAGACACGGAGGAAUGGAAAGGGGAGACAAAAAGACUAUGGACUCCUGAGAGUUGACUACAGACCUCUUGGUCGCCUAUUUUAAAUUAUCCAGAUGUGUUAGGUCAUAGGCAAUGCCAUGUAUUUCCACCUUUACUAUUAGAGUUGCAUUUAGUUUCCUUUUUUUUUGUUUUGUUGAUAAUAUAUAAUCCUUUUAACAGUUUCUUUUUAAAAUGUGAUGAUUUUUUUUAAACUGUAUUCAGUACACAGCAUCCACCCGUAUGAGGCAUAGCUCAGAUGUUAGCAAAUUCAGAGUCUAGCCUGUAGAGGUCUACAUUGCAACUCAUUUUCUGUGUUGUCUGUCUUAAUUCGUUCUUUAUGGUUGUGGACUCACUAAUCCGCAACUUUUGCUAACUGCUAAUCAUGAAUAAAAAUUAAGUGACCAAAAUAUAUUUAUUGAUACAGUUCUGUUAGGAUCAUGCUCGCAGAGAUUGGAAUGUCACACUCGCACGCGCCUGUUUUUGGAGGAUUCCUCUUCUUGUGCAAGGUCAAACUAGUUGUUCAGCUUUCUUUUCGUACGGCGGAACUGCUUGUCUCACACAUUGCUGUAUCCAUAUCAUGUGAAUGUUACGAAGCCGAGGCAUCGCAGACUGCGGGGGGGGCUCGAGAUCCCGUGACUUUGCAUGCAUGCACGCAAACAGAAUAGUGUCCUCACACCUUUUACUGUAUCUCCCAGAGGAGAGAUUGACAGUCCGCACAAGUGAUGAUGGGGAGGGGGGUUUAAUCCAUAUGUCUAGAGGUCAUGUGACGAGUCAAGAAGUAUUUUCCCUCGUAGUCUGGAUGACUUCCUCAGUGCACAGCAGACCCCCUCCCCCUCCUGCUGCUGCUGGAGUGUGACUGACAGCUGAUGCGUCCUCCCUGUGUUGCCAAAGGGGACGUUUCUCUGCGGAUGAGGAGGAAGGAGGCCAGUGGCGGGUGGGGUUUGGCGUGUGUGUGUGUGGGGGGGGGGGGGGUUAUGCGCUCACAGCAGUGCAGCUGGGAGGGGAAAUGGAGGAGCGGUCCAGGCAAUCCAGAGGGUGAUGUCACUGCUCCUGAAUUAGUGAUCACUGGAGGGAAUGGAGGAGUGAAGGGUCACCCAGGGGUUAUGUUAGUGUGCUUGCGGCGCAUAGACAGCAAGGAUUUUCAGAACGGCUAAAGUCUGGUAAAAGUAAAGCAAAAUGGUUUAAAUGCUCGAUAUCUGCAUUCAUGUUCAUGGGAAGAAGUCUCCCGGUUUGAGGAAUCCAGCUUGUUUUUCCAAAUGUACGGUCAGUGUCAAGUUAGAAAACAGUGCACCAAGCACAUGGGGUGUAUUUACAGUACGGGUCUCUAGUGAGUGGGUAUACGUUGAGUGAAAAUGGACCAAGUAGUGUUCGAAGAGCAGCUCGCGCCAGCGCCUGCAAUCAAAGCCGCAGCGGCGCUGGCAGGGAGCCGCUGCGGCAGUGGGCUCAAGGGGGAUGAUGACGAUGAUCACGACGCUUGCGAUGAUGAGUUCUCCAGCUGUGACCAGUUGGACCCGAGCACAGAGAAAGAGAGGGAGGGAGGGAGGAAGAGGGAUUUCAUAGAGGAGGAAUGGAAAAACGGACCCUAAAAAACAAAAGUAGGAUCUGGGGAGGAGACUCGGAGAAUCUGAAUCUUCCACUGAAUGGAGUAUCUGGAUUAGCGCUCCCAGGCGUACACGGGCGGGGAAAUGAACGGAGGCCAACGCUGAUGUAUCAUAAUAGAGAAUAAAGGAUUUUUUUUUUUUUUUUUGGAUGGCAGUAUUUUGGGAGGGCCUUUUAAGGUCGAGCCAAGCCAAGCAUGAAAAAGUCAAUCAUGCCACAAAGAGCAUGGGUGUGAACUUCUUUUUUUUCCUCUCCGUUCCCCAGGUGAUUAACAGACAUACUCAUACAAGAGCUGUGUGACAGCUUCUCUCUGCUCUGGAGAUGAAAUACAAACAACUUUCAGUUUAAUUCAUGAGGGGUUAAAAUGGCCAGAGUUUAUUGUCCACCUGCAGGACGAUUUGAGAUCUUAAUUUGAGAUUCCAUUUUAUGAAACAGUACAAAAACAUUCCAGGGUUCAGAGGAGCUCCUGUCAGGAUGAGAGAGAUCCUGUUUGAUGCCUGAUAAAUUGUACGUCUGCAUGGUUCAAAAUGUUCAUCACAGGAUUGUUCCUCAGCGUGGCUUGAGUGCUUUGGUUUAUUUCAAUCUAACCUGUAAACAUAAUUUCAAAGUGGUGUAGGACAUUUGUGCCUGUAUUCCUUCUCCUUCACUCCCCCCCCUCCCCCUUGUGGUUGGAGUCAACAGUCGCCAGAUGAGGCCUGUCAAACGUGUCAUUUCUUAGGUCCAGUCCCUGGCUGUUGUAUCGGUGCCAUCUUUUCUCACACUUCAUGUGAGAAAGUGUUUGCCCACAGUAGUAACCAAGUGUUGUUUUUUUUCUUUUGUGAAAUUUCCUCCCUGACUUCCAGUUUUACAGCAUCUGCGACAUUACGCAGCAUUAAAGUGACAAACACCAAUGCAAUGUGCCCCAGUUUGAAGGAUUUAGGAGGAGAUUUUAAUGUGCCUUCACAGCUUUCUGUCAACCAAAGGUUUAGCGUCCCUUUUUUUUUUUUUUUUAUUCUUUAUCUUGUUCUUCCCACUUCUCUUGUCACCGCUGCGUGCUAUUGAGUUAUUGGUUAAAGCUUUGCAUGUGCGUCAGCUGAGUCUGACCGAUGGGCGACGUCUGAAAACAUCCUUACACUGAAGGGUAUUUCCUCACUGAGCUCUCAUGUCAUUGUCUAACUUUUUUUUUUUCUUUUGUCGCGCAUAAAAUGUCCACUAGGUGAUUUUGUGUGUAGUUUCAAGUGACCUUACCUUUGCUGAUCUCAUCAAGUAUAACUUCUUAAUUGAACAGUGACUGCCUACAUGUACAGUAUAAAGUAUGUGCUGAUCUUCAUUCAGAAACGUAACCCCAGGUGUGAUGCAAUCAUGACCUGAAUCUCAUGUUAUGAGCACCUCAAGUAACGGCAUCACAUAUUGUUGGUUGUGAAGAAACUGUCAUGGUUUCCAAGGAGAUAGUUUUUUUUUUAUGUCUGUAUGCAUUUCAUAUAAGACUAGUGUAAGACAUUCACUUUUGCAGUUUAGCCACUUAAAUAUGUAAAAAAGCAAAAACAAAAAAAAAACCCUCAAUACUUAAAUGUUUUACUUGAUAUUCAAAUACAGAACUACAGUAUCUCCCUGCAUAGAUGUUAUGAACUAGGAUC